GUUGUGCAACCCAAUCGGUGUGCCGGCCGGCCGGUGUCCCUUGCCACCAUAUAUACAAUACUAUACUGUUCAUUGCUCAACAGAAGAGCGAUGGAGGGAUCCACCAUGACUCGACUCGCUGGCAUGGCGGCGUUCCUCCUCAUACUUGGCCUCGCCGUCGGCAACAUCAAGCACGGACACGGAGGAGCAGUUGUGGUUGGUGACCCGACCCUCAUCGUCGUGGAGCUGCAGGGUCACAACGACGACAAGAGCUCCGUGGCUGUGCAGAAACACGACGUCUCCGUCGCCGGCUUCACCGACGGGAGCGGCCACUGGCACGCAUUCCCGGGCCUUGACCACCUCUUCCCCGCGUCCACGACGCUCCCGUUCGGCAGCAGCUACAGCGAGCUCAUCGGCGGCAUCGCCAACCUGCCGGGCGUGCCGCUGGGCAGGGAGGCGAUGAUGCAGGCCAUCCGCGUUCUCUCGGCCUACCGCCCGGGCGCCGACGUCGAGCCGGUCAAGCGGGCGCUGGCGGCGGUGAAGGUUGUGAUAAGCGAGGCGCAGCGGCUGGAGCCCAUCCGCAAGGCCGUCAACGACGGAUGGGACGGCGAGUCCCGCGUCGCCCCGGAGCACCUGCCCUACAUCGAGCACUGGGACACCAUGUCCUACGAGAUCCUCCGUUCCAACCGCACGGGCAAGUGGGACGGGCCAUUCACCAAGAUGCUGGAGACCCAGGCCAACAUCCGCAGCAAGGAGGAGGCGCUCGCCGUGGUCGGGCUACUGCUGAAUGCCGACUUCGAGAAAGUGUUCAAGGCUCAUGCCAUUCCGAUCAACUUGGAGUAAGCGUCCAUGCAGGCUGGCUUGCAGCUAGCUGGUUUAGACUUUAUUUAUGUCCAUCUCGAGUUGAUGUUCCUUUCAUGUUCUUCGUCUAGUUUAGGUCAUCUCGAUUCUCGAGUCGAUGUUUUUUUCAUGUUCUUCGUCUAGUUUGUCACUGAUUGGGGCAUAUGUAUGCUUUCAGCUUUGCUUGCUUGCUUUAGUAUGUUGUUUCAGGAUUUCA